AUGGCCGCUGCUAAAACUUUUGAUUUCACUGGUGAGGUCGCCAUCGUCACCGGUGCGGGAUCUCGUAUGCCUGGUGAGAUUGGAAAUGGCCGCGCAACUGCUAUCUUACUCGCCAGACAAGGUGCCAAGGUGGCACUAGUUGUUUAUAAUGCUGAAUGGGCUCGGGAAACUAAGCGCAUGAUUGAUAUUGAGGGCGGCGUGUCAGAAGUCGUACAGACGGAUGUAACUGAUGAGGAAAGCUGCAAGAAUGCCGUGAGUACGACCGUUGAGCUAUUCGGAGCUGUGAAUAUUCUUAUCAACAUUGGUGAUCCAUUCGCGCCUCGUAACACUUACGAAAUCCAACGAGAAUUACUAGUCGGGAUCAAUGUCACAAGUAUGCUGCUGAUGAGUCGUCAUGUUAUUCCUGAUAUGAGAAUGAAUGGACGAGGUGCCAUAGUUAAUAUGUCCUCAGUCAGUAGUCUUCUCGGUGGGAAUCCCAGUCUCCUGUACCCUACAACAAAGGGUGCUAUUAUUUAA